AUGUUCCAGACAAAACCCAGCCACCGGAUCUCUGCAGCGAAUCCAGUUCGCAACCUGGACGGCAUGGACCAUGAACGAUGUUCGGCUCUACACAAUGAAAUACUGUAUAGAGGAUGGGUGGGCAGUGGCAGACGAGCUGAUGAACUCCCUUCCCAGACAUGGUGGGAUUACAAUGCACCUCCCCAGGACACUCUAAACCGGCUAUCGCCGUCCUUGGUAGCCUUCCUCAAGCAAGCACGCUUCUUACCAUAUGAAGAAAAUCCCGAUUAUUCUUUCUUCUACUUUGUGGUAGGUUUGGUGAACAGUGAAGGUCUUCUAUCAGUGUCAGAGCGGGGAGCAUACCUAGAUAAUGAGCGCUUUGUGUUCCUUUACUACGCUACCGCGUAUAAAGCAGGGGAUCAGCAAGGCAUCUUAUUUGACCAAGCGACGUCAACAGCUGCAUUUGUGGGCGAUCUCGCAGAUGUAACGGCGAUGUGCGAACGAGGUUGGGGAUGGAAACCCCUCGAGGUUAUUCUCGAUGCAUAUCUCGAAAUGAUUGAUCAAGGAAAGAUAUUUACAGCACUUGACGGCCAAGGAAGUGAGGAAUGCGAAAUUCUAGAGUCAUUCCCCCCGUGGAGGAUCCGCGCAUUUUCUGACACUGAUCUGGAAAAAUCCGUCAUCUCCAUGAGGCGACUUCUCGAUGCGAUUGAGACCCGACUACCGGUGCAGAAGCCUCCGAAAGGAGGAAAAACGCUUCAGUGGUGUGAUCUCUUGGCUCAGGAGUUCCUACCUACCUCCAGCUUUGCGUAUCAAUUCUUAACUAGAAUUGCGGCAUGGUCAAUUCCCAUCAAGUACAUCGCCCCGGGUAUUUAUCUCCCAAGCAAGCCCGACCAGCAGCCCUACCAGUCCUCACAGUCUGAGCCGGAAGGCAUGCCCCUCCGCAUAUUCCAUAUCGAUGGGCUGGGCGGCCAAUACCCUUCAUGGACACCGCUGAAUGAAAGUUCCACAGUCCCCGCGGGGCUCUACCUCAGUCAGGUCGUGCCUAGAACCAACACAGCUUUCGGUGACGGCUGUGUCCUCGUGCUCCCGUACGGACUUGGGGCGCACGGGUGGGCCCGCAAAUCAGACGGCGAGCAGAUGGGCAUCAAUCCUGAGAGCGAGCAACCCAUACCUACCAAUCAGUCCUUUGGGCUUUAUCAGUCUGGGUUUACAGGUUUCACGGAUCUUCGCGCCGUGCAGCUCUGGAAGGUGCUGCAGAGCUGGGCGGAAAGGGUAGAACAGGGAGAUUGGGAUGUGGAUGAGGAUGGAGUUGGGGGGGGGAUUGAGAAGUUCAAGGACGCUGAUACUGAGACGCAUUGGCGAAAGUAUUGGAUACCUCCCAGCUGGUGA